GGUCGGAUGGGGGAAGGGCCCAAACCGUGCAUGAGACCGACAAAACUUGCUUAUGGCUCUCUCCGUCGAUGGGGAACUGUGACAGGACUCAAAAGGAAAAGGGAUCUUUCUGCUCACGACUGAAGAGCACGUACACUGUUGGGACCACAAUGAUAUAAUCACGAAAAAGGGGAAGACGGGAGGACAGCCGAAGUUGGACCGGCGGAGAUGAGCGGGGCCGUGAUUGCGGCGAUAUACCGAGGUGUUGUUCUGCUAUUGUUGCGCUGCUCGCGUGUUCCAGUUGGAUUUUGAGACGGUACCCCUGUCUCUGUCUAGCCCCGGGCUGUGGAGAUUGUUCUGAAAGGAAAAGGACAACAAACGGGGGAAGUGAACAUGGCUGGGACCUCGGGCUUCUUUUCCAACGGACCCAUUCCGUGGAUUGAGAGUGACACCGAGAUGAACAAUCUUUACCGGGAUCUGGAGUUGGGGACCGUGUUGACUCUGUUUUACUCCAAAAAGUCCCAGCGACCUGAGAGAAGGACAUUUCAGGUCAAACUUGAGACGAGGACAAUUAUCUGGACCCGAGGCACGGAUAAAAUAGAGGGAGAAAUUGAUAUCCGAGAGAUAAAGGAGAUCCGAGCGGGCCAGAAGUCUCGGGACUUUGAGCGCUAUGUGGAGGACUCUACAGCACGGUUAGACCAGGCUCACUGCUUCGUCAUCCUACACGGCACUGAGUUCCGCCUCAAAGCACUCAGCCUAGCAGCGACUUCUGAUGAGGAGAUGACCAUGUGGGUGAAGGGGCUGACCUGGCUGGUGGCAGACACACUCAAAUCCCCCACCCCUCUACAGAUAGAGAGGUGGUUACGGAAGCAGUUUUAUGCCAUAGAUCGCAACAGAGAAGACAAGAUAUCCUGUAAGGAUCUGAAGAGCAUGCUGUGCCAGGUUAACUACAGGGUUCCCAACAUGAGGUUCCUCAGAGAGAAACUUCCGGACUCUGAGUUGAGGAAUGGAGACGUGUCCUUUAGCCAGUUUUCCCAACUCUAUCGCAGCCUGAUGUUUGACGCCCAGAAAGCUAUGGAGAUUCCUUUUCUACAGAGGUUCAUUGAGAGACCAGAGCAGAAGAUCUCACUAGAAGACUUCAAGACCUUCCUUCUGGAGGCCCAGAAGGAGCUGUGGGCCACCGACAACAGUAAGGUGCAGGAGUUUAUGUUUGGGUAUCUGAAGGACCCACUGAGGGAGGUGGAACAACCCUUCUUCCACCAAGAUGAGUUCCUGACGUACCUGUUUUCCAAAGAAAACACAGUCUGGGACUCAGCCCUGGACCAGGUGUGUCCUGAAGACAUGAACAACCCCCUGUCUCAUUACUGGAUAUCCUCAUCUCAUAACACCUACCUGACAGGUGACCAGUUUUCUAGUGAGUCGUCCCUGGAAGCGUACUCGCGCUGUCUGAGGAUGGGCUGCCGCUGCAUCGAGUUGGACUGCUGGGAUGGUCCAGAUGGAAUGCCUGUCAUCUACCACGGACACACCCUCACCACCAAGAUCAAGUUCUGUGAUGUCCUGGCGACCAUCAAGGAACACGCCUUUGUGACGUCUGACUACCCCAUCAUCCUGUCCAUAGAGGACCACUGCAGCAUUGUCCAGCAGAGGAACAUGGCUACCUACUUUAAGAAGGUCUUUGGAGACAUGCUUCUUACCAAGGCUGUGGACAUCUCCGCCGACGGACUGCCCUCACCCAAUCAGCUUAAGAGGAAGAUCCUCAUCAAGCAUAAAAAGCUAGCGGAGGGCAGUGCCUAUGAGGAGGUGUCCACCUCCACUCCCUACUCUGAGAAUGACAUCAGCAACUCCAUCAAGAAUGGCAUUCUCUUUCUGGAGGACCCCAUCAACCAUGAGUGGUACCCUCACUUCUUUGUCCUGACCAGCAGUAAGAUCUACUACUCAGAGGAGACGUCUAACAACCAAGGCAACGAGGAUGAGGAGGAGCACAGAGAGGUCUCUAACGGUAUGGACCAACAUAUAGCAGAGAAGUGGUUCCAUGGGAAGCUGGGUGCUGGUCGGGACGGGAGGCAGAUAGCUGAGCGGCUGCUGUCAGAGUACUGUCUGGAGACGGGCGCUCCCGACGGGUCCUUCCUGGUCCGGGAGAGUGAGACGUUUGUAGGAGACUACACUUUGUCCUUCUGGCGUUCAGGCCGGGUGCAGCACUGUCGUAUCCACUCUCGCCAGGAGGCGGGCAGCCCCAAGUUCUACCUGACAGACAACCUGGUGUUUGACACGCUAUUCGCCCUCAUCACCCACUACCAGCAGGUGGCGCUGCGCUGCAACGAGUUUGAGAUGAAGCUGACUGAGCCUGUGCCCCAGACCAACGCCCACGAGAGCAAAGAAUGGUACCAUGCCAACCUGUCUCGGAGCCACGCAGAGAACAUGCUGAUGAGGGUUCCACGUGACGGGGCGUUCCUUGUCAGGAAAAGGGCCGAGCUAAGCUCCUUCGCCAUCUCCUUCAGGGCAGAGGGGAAGAUCAAGCACUGCAGGGUGCAGCAGGAGGGUCAGACGGUGGUGUUGGGGACGUCGGAGUUCGACAGCCUGGUGGAUCUCAUCAGCUACUACGAGAAACACCCCUUGUACCGUAAAAUGAAGCUCCGCUACCCCAUCAAUGAGGAGACACUGGAGAAGAUAGGCACCGCUGAGCCAGAUUACGGGUCUCUGUAUGAGGGGCGGAACCCUGGGUUCUAUGUAGAAGCCAAUCAGAUGCCCACCUUCAAGUGCACAGUGAAGGCCAUGUAUGAGUACAAGGCCCAGAGGGAUGAUGAGCUGUCCUUCAGUAAGAACACCAUCAUCCAGAACGUGGACAAACAGGAAGGAGGCUGGUGGAAGGGGGACUGUGGUGGGAAGAAGCAGCUGUGGUUUCCUGCUAACUACGUAGAGGAGAUCAGUCCUUCAGCUGUGGAGCCAGACAGAUCACAGCUGACAGAGAACAGUCCUCUGGGAGACCUGCUGAGAGGAAGUGUAGACGUGUCUUCCUGUCAGAUUGUGGUGCGGCCUGAUGGUAAGGGAAGCAGGCUGCAUGUGUUCUCCCUCCUCCCGGCUGCCUCUCCCAGGGCAGGACAGGUCCUGGACAUCGCUGCCAACACCCAGGAGGAGCUCAAGGAGUGGGUCAUCAAGAUCAGAGAGGUCACCAUGACAUCAGAGGCCAAGCUGGAGGAGGGGAAGAUGAUGGAGAGGAGGAAGAAGAUUGCUCUGGAGCUGUCUGACCUGGUCAUCUACUGUAGACCUGUACCCUUCGACGAGGACAAGAUUGGGACAGAGCGGGCGUGUUUCCGGGACAUGUCGUCGUUCCCGGAGACCAAGGCAGAGAAGUAUGUGAACCGGAUCAAGGGGAAGAGGUUCCUGCAGUACAACCGGCUGCAGCUGUCCCGUAUCUACCCCCGUGGACAGAGGCUGGACUCCUCCAACUACGACCCUCUGCCCAUGUGGCUCUGUGGAUCCCAACUGGUCGCACUGAAUUUCCAGACCGCAGACAAACCCAUGCAGAUGAACCAGGCUCUGUUCAUGUUGAACGGGAGGAGUGGCUACGUCCUCCAGCCACCAAUCAUGAGAGACGACAACUUUGACCCCUUCGACCGACACACACUGAGGGGCCUGGAGUCGGUCACCCUACAGAUAGAGGUGUUGGGUGCUCGUCACCUGCCUAAACAUGGUCGUGGCAUUGUUUGCCCGCUGAUUGAGAUCGAGGUGUGUGGCGCAGAAUACGACAGUGCCAAGCAGAAGACCGACUCAGAGGCGGAUAACGGUCUGAACCCGACGUGGCCUCGGAAGCCCUUCCAGUUCACUGUGUGUAACUCUGCCUUUGCCUUCCUGCGCUUUGUGGUGUACGAGAUUGACAUGUUCAGUGACCAGAACUUCCUGGCCCAGGCCAGCUUCCCCAUCAACAGCCUCAAGACAGGUUACCGGUCGGUCCCUCUGAAGAACAGCUGUAAUGAGGAUCUGGAGCUGGCCUCUCUGCUGGUGCACAUGGACAUCACCCGGGGCAGGGCUGAGAAUGGGGAGGUGCUGAGCCCGUUCCUGCCGGUAGGAGGUGCCUCUGCAGCGGUGGUUACCCAGACAGGGCGUGAGCGUCUGGGGGAGACAGGCUCCACGUCCUCAGCCUCCUCCAUGUCCCCUCUGCCCCAGUCCCCAGCAACCCCAACCCAGGCUCAGACACAGGCCUACAGAGGCAGGGAGGGCUCCUUCGAGGCCCGCUACCAGACGCCUCUGGAUGACUUCAGAGUAUCACAGGAGGCUCUGCUGGACCUGGACCCUCAGAACAGGAGGUAUGUGUAAGGGAUGAUGCGCAGGACCAGAGUGGGCGGAGAGAACCGCAUUUAGGCCGGACCAAUCAGGGCGCAUUCCAAAUCCCCCCCCAGCUCCUCCCCGUACCGAUGAUGUCACUGACUGCUGUGAACACUGUUUCUAUGGAAACGCCCACCACCGCUUUGGCCUACAUUUCAGGCAGCUCUCCCUUGCUCUGCACUCUUUCUCUCCUCUGUGUCCCCCUCUUGGAGUGAGUGAGUGGGAGGAGGGGAGCGAGAAGACAAAGACAACAACAUGAAAAAAAAUAAGCAAAGAAGUUUCAGCCCUCGGCUAAGAUGUCGGGAGAUGGGGAAUAUUGACGCGCUCGAUUCGAGCGCAAAAGUUUGCAAGGGGAAAGAAGAAUGGAAGAGGGGAGGGAGGGAGCUGUGAAGGUGUCAGUUGGAAACUGUUUUCCAGGUUAGGUUAUGAUUUUUCUCUUCUCUCUGGCGUAUAUGAGUAUAUAUAUUUAUUCCUGCUGUGCUGUUGGCCAGACAACGGCAGCAGCCAACCUGCUCUCAAAGAGCUUCUGUCUCCAUGUUUUUUUUUUAUUAUUUAAACUUUUAAACGUGAUUUUUAUUUUUUUAUUUUUUAUGUGUAAAACACGAGGGCUCUCUGUGGAGUAACUCAAGCCUUUACACACACACACACACACACACACACACAGGCUUUUCUUACUUUGCCAAACAUGCAUUCUGAAAACGACGGGUCAUCCCGUUGCCUGCCUUGUGACGUAAAAGCAGUUGCUCUUAACAGUCUCUAACAGUAGAAACACUCACACUCUUACCCCGUAUACACCAAGCUGAAGAGUUACAGAUUCUGUCAUAGAAAUAUAAAGGUCAUUUCCGAUUGAGCCGACAAAUGCAACGUUUACUGUGAAUGCUGUCUCUGCUAAAGCGGGAACAUUGCCUUUAAAUUUCAAUAACGCUGUAAAACUGAACUUCCACGAUGCGGCUUGAAUAGAGCCCUCAGUCUACAUCCCAAAUUACACC